AUUAAGGUGCACCCUCAUAGUACGGUCGUACAUUGCGACACGUUCAAGUUUUAUAUAUGCAGUUGCGCCGCUGGACUGUUCUUCGUCUGAUUUCCGAAGCGAGCGCACGAAGCGCUCGGAAGGUCGCGCGGCAUCAGCUGAUUUGUGUUGUGACAGUCGAGCCAGUCGAACAGCAGUGCGCCGUGCACCUCGCAGCUCUCGCAGUCUCCCGACGAGCGGAAUCGCUGCGCGCUGUUUACUUAUUGAUUCGUCACAAGCCCGUCGAGAGCGCGUUGUAAACAACGCAGUGAGCGCGCGGCGACGGUUCGUGCGCGAUCGAACAGGAAAAACAAUUGAAUACAUACGAUCGUAACGAAGCAAGAGGCCACCGCGCCACCCACAACAUCGGCAAUUGUGGAUUCCAUAUUCCAUGAGUGCUGAAACAAAUCGCUGAAGCACAAAUGACGUCAUUGUACGACUGAAACUCGUCAGUGUGUGAGAGUGCGAAGUGCGCGAAGAAAAAAACGCGACGCAGUUCGAAAAUAAACAUGCUAUAUUUAAGCGAGGCGAACUGAAUAAAUGGGCUAAAUAGCAGCAGACAUUGUAAAAUUGAUUUGUAUAAGGAUGGCCGCCGAAAGUCCGAUUCGGACAAAAGCGAACUCUGGCAAUGUUGUCCUGCCACAGCACGUCACAGAUCCGACGAUCUUGGACGGCGUCGCUGGAUUUAUCAGCGAUUACGUCCCAGCUGCGUAUACAUUACCAGCUGACAAUAAGGAUCAAAUCCAGUGGGCUAGAUUCGAGCAGCUCGCUCAUGUUGAAUUGAACAAUGUCAGUGAUUUCGACAAGGUGCUACCUCCGCCUGUCAUCUUGAUUUUGGGAUAUACAACAGGUAUUCAAAUCUGGGCUGUGCCUGCCACUGGAGAGGCCAAGGAGAUUUUAUCUUGGCGGCAUGGUUCUGUGAAGGUGUUGACUGUUCUUCCGAAUCCGGAGAAGAUUGGCGUCAAAGCAGUUGAUACCUAUGCGACAAAACGACCGCUGAUUGCGUUGUGUGACAAUGUUGCGCCUGGUAAUGAUUUUUGUUCGUUGUCUUAUAUUUCACUCAAAAAUAGUGAACAGGUGAAGUUAAUAAAAUUUAAAAAUCCUAUUUUGGAUGUGGUUGCAAACAAACGCUCGGUUGUGGUGACUUUUUCUGAACGUAUUGCUAUUUUUGAUGCGUUCACAUUGGAAGACCGUGCUACGGUAACAACUUGUUAUCUGAGUCCCGGAAUUUACCAGAAUCCAGUUGCCCUUGGCACAAGAUGGUUGGCAUAUGCUGAAAAUAAGUUAAUUCAGUCAAGAAGAAGCAGUGGUGGCAAUGAUGGCGAGGGAGUGCAGAGUUAUACCGCUACGGUUCUGCAUGCAGCGAAAUCAUUAGGAAGAGGAUUGCGUGAAUUGAGCGAUGCUGUAGCUAGCAGUUUGACAGGAGUACAACAACAAAAACCUGGUUUAGUUGGGCAAACUACACCUGGUGAUGUUCAACAGAAGGGCGUCGUUACCAUUUUGGAUAUUGAGAAACCGCAAUGCGAUGAAUCAACCCAGUCUGUCGACUCUGUGAUAGCACACUUUACAGCCCACAAGGAAGCCAUUGUUUGUCUGAAAUUCGACCCCAGCGGACUUCUUCUACUGACAGCUGACAAACGAGGUUAUGACUUCCACCUCUUCCGCAUCCAACCACAUCCGGCUGGUCCAGCCCUUGCUGCAGUCCACCAUCUUUAUAUCCUUCACCGCGGCGAUACAACAGCGCGCGUGCAAGACAUGAGCUUCAGUCCGGAUUCUCGCUGGGCUACGGUUUCAACUCUGCGCGGCACAACGCACGUCUUCCCUAUCACACCUUACGGCGGUAACGUGGGUGUACGCACACACGCCACUCCGCAUGUCGUUAACAAGAUGUCGCGUUUUCAUCGCUCCGCUGGCCUCACGGUCGAUGGGCGUUCGAAUAGUCCCGUAUCGGCGGCCCUAGAAACACCCACCAAUUCUAACUUACCAUAUCACAACCCGCGCCUGCCGCCAUAUCCACAUCCAACUGUGGUGCAGCCACUCGCGCAGAUUCGCCAACCGCUGUUUAUCCAAAACAGCGUUACCCAGGCGCGUCCACCUAUGGGUCGACAGCGAUCUGGGUCUUCUUCAGAUGAAAACUCUCAGGUUGCGCUGAGAGUGACUGCUUGUUUUGCUGCGGCUAGGGCAUGGAUUGAAUCACCCACACAAGCAAGGGAGCCUGUUAUGAAACCACAGGUGAAACCUGUUGAGAGUUUAUUUAUAAUGUCACUGCAUGGUUCGUUGAUUCAGUAUGAUCUUGAGCCGAAGAGCUCUGCCUCUGUUCCGAAGGAGAAAAUCUGCGAUGAUACACUAAUUGAAUUAAUCGUAACUGCGAAGGCGCAGUGGGUUUUACAAAGGUCGCCGUCAUCCAAGGACGUACAACCACCAUUGUCUACAGGCAGUUUGUCGCUGAUUUGCCCACCAGAAAUAUGCAAGAGAAGCAAACCUGAUCACACAGAUGACAAAUGGUUGUCACAGGUUGAGAUUGUUACUCACGCUGGACCGCAUCGUAGAUUGUGGAUGGGCCCACAAUUUACUUUCAAAACGUACAAUAAUUCAGCAUCAGGCACUUCAUUGAACAUAAUGGAUUCACAAGUAGUAGAAAUCGGUCGCUCGAAGCCAGUCAACAUGCCGAUCAGCGCGGCGUAUCCGAUACUCAUCGAGGCAGGUUCGGUGAGUAGUUGCGAGCCAUCCCCGAAGCUCCUAGACACUCUGCAGAAGAACUUUGAGGAGUUUGGAGGUAGCUGGACCGGCGAGUUGCAAUUACGCGAAGAUUUAGCAGACGCUAUGUUGGAAUCUCCCGGCGUAAGAGACUCAGGUGGACGCUGCGUGAUCGUGUCGAUGAAAGCGCAAUGCCACGGCGGGGGCGGCAGCGGCGCGGGUGGCGCGGGCGUGGCGAAGGUUGUGAAUCCGCUCGGCAUGGUGGUGACGGUGCACUCCGACGACGAUUCGGAGGUGGCGGACGCGGCAGCGCACAAGGACGAGGUAAUCCACGAGAAUUGCGACGAAGCGCUCUUUCGACCGGUGGUCGCGUCCAAGGCGGUCGUGUUCGCCGAGCCGAAGAACGUGCGUACGAAGAUCGCCACCAACGUGCUGCAUCAUAACAAAUGCGCGCCACUCGCGAAGAAAGAGGAAGCGCCGGAAUCGACGAUCAAGAAUUGCAAGCGUGAUAAGACGAACGCCACUAUCAAUAAGAAUAAAACGACUAAACUCGCCGAUCGCGUCAGCCAGAAAGAGAAUUUUGAGUCACCAAAUGUUUUAGAGCUUGUCAAGGAAUCUCCUGUCGGCGAGCCAACCACCGGUAAGUCCACAGCCAGCAAGAAGCAGAAAAAAGAGGCGAAGAAGAAACUUGUCGACUUGCCAACGCCCAACAUGGAGGAACCUAUUAGUUUAGGUGAUCCCAAGUCAAUUGAUGCUAUUGAUAUGGAAGUGGACGCGGUGUCUUUCGAAACACUUAUGCUUGCGACGCCUGCAAGCCAGGAGUUUGAAGUUCAUGAGGUACAUUUCGACAGUAAGGAAGCAACAGUCGAACUCCUACAUGAUUCAUUUUUUGACGCAAGCGAAGCAUGCCAGGAUAUUGAGAUUAUUAAAGAGGAAUCGUCUUUUGCAAACGAGUUUGACAUUGAGUAUGAUUUAAAGGAACCAAUGAGCACUAUGAUUGACGUGUUUGAUUCCGAUCUGGUUCCUCCGCCUGCACCGAACAGUGAUUUGAUAAAACUGGAAAGAGAGAGGAUAGAAAAAGAAAAGGAAGUAAUCUCAUCCUCUGAGGAGGCCGCUACGAUCGAUGAGAAACAAUUGACGAAAAAGCCGCGUAAACCAAAAGCAAAACUUGGCGUACGCAUUGGUAACUCUUCAUCUUCCGCAAAAUCGGAAAAAGAAGAGCAUAGAACGAGAGAAUCCACACCGGAAAUCACGCCAAUGCCGCGAACGUGGAGUUCUAUUGCGUCCACUGCUAAAGUUGAAGUGGAAGAUGUACCUGUCUCACUACCUGAGUUGCCACCGUUGGAAGAGUUCACUUUUACUCUUCCAACUAUGGACUAUUCUAAAGCGCUUAAAGAUGAUAAGAGUGACAAACCGGAAAAAGACUACUCUGAAACAACAGAUGUUCCGGUUGAAGAUGGCGAUAAUUUGCUGAAAGUUGAUAAGACCUCCGACGAGAACUCCAGCAGUCAAACGGAGACAACCGAAAGUGACGACUCCAGCAAAGUACCGCCGGUGAUUAUGGACACCGAAGAAGACGCCACACAACAGGUGGAGGUCAAACCUAAGGCCACCAGUAACGACGAUCCGCCGUCGCAUCCAAAACAACUAAAGAAGAUGUUCAGCAUUUGUCGACAACAAGUCGUCUCCACUUUGAUUCGGUGCACCGGUAGAAAUUUCUGUGUUUAUAAGAUUGUUCCGAGGAUCAACGCAUCAGUCAUCCCGAAACUUGAUACCCGACAAUGCCUGGGCGUACACAAUUUAAAUCGACCAUGCAUCAGAUACUACUCAAAAAAGGAACACGAUGAUGAUGAUGAUGAAUGUGAAGAGAAAAAGAAAAAGGUGUGCAAACCGAAACCAAUCAAGGAAUGUGUAUCAAAGGAAGGUUCCAAUAAAAAGCAAUUACCAUAUCUUCAAGAAUGUGCACGCCCAAACCUUAUGAGUGACUGUCCAAAACCAGAUUGUCCUCAUGAACCAGAAGGCAAGGGUCCUAACAAAAACCUCUUGCUGGGCUUGCUCGCGCUGUUGGGCGCGCUUGCCGGCAUUUGGUAUAUGCUCAAUCGCGAUAAGAAAGAUGUGUGCACAAUACCAAGCAAGAUGAUGCUCAAGGACAAGAAGAAGGAAACCUCAUGCCUAACCAGGAAACCUCCCGUUAAGGAACCGAAAUGCUCGGAUGACAUUCCUAACAGUGUACCCUAUCUGUUAAUUGGCGGUGGUACCGCUGCCUUCUCCGCAUUCCGCGCGAUUAAGUCGUCUGAUCCACGCGCAAAGGUGCUGGUUGUCACAGACGAGGAAAACUUCCCGUACAUGCGUCCACCACUAUCCAAGGAGUUGUGGUAUGCUGAUGGUGCUGGCGCUGACAACUUGGAAUUCAAGCAAUGGAAUGGUGCUGUUCGCAGUUUGUAUUAUGAACCAAAUGAGUUCUAUUUGAAGACCAAAGAUUUGAUCGUUUCCGAUAACGGAGGUGUAGCAGUUGCACGCGGUUGGACCGUCACACAUUUAGAUGUUCCUAAUAAAAAGGCAUAUUUGGAGGAUGGAUACGAAAUUGCCUAUGACAAAGUAUUAAUUGCGACUGGUUCAAAACCAAAGAAUUUGGAUGUCAUCGAGAAGGGUGAUGAAUGUGUCAAAAUGCGCGCAACGACAUACCGCACAGUUGCCGAUUUCCAAUACCUCUCGAAACUGCUUGAAAAGGCCAACUCUGUUACCAUCAUCGGUGGAGGUUUUCUUGGCAGUGAACUUGCUUGUGCCUUAGGACGAAAAAAAAAAUUUAAGGUUUACCAAAUUUUUAAAGAAAAAGGACACAUGGGAUCUGUCCUCCCCGAAUACCUCAGCACCUGGACAACAGAAAAGGUGCGACGCGAAGGCGUUGAAGUGUACCCCUCUACCGAGGUGGUUGGCGCUGCUGGCAGUGACAAGAACGUCACGCUCAAACUGAGCAACGGCAAGAGUAUUACCUCCGAGUUGGUGAUCGUCGCCGUUGGCGCUGUGCCUGAGACCGGUUUAGCUAGUAAGUCCUGCCUGGAGGUCGACCACGACUUCGGCGGCUAUUUGGUUAAUACCGAAUUGAUGGCGAGAUCAAACGUGUACGUCGCCGGUGACUCUGCAUGCUUCUACGAUCCGUCGCUUGGCCGCCGACGUAUUGAACAUCACGACAACGCUGUGAUCAGUGGGCGCUUGGCUGGAGAAAACAUGACCGGCGCUUCGAAGCCCUAUAAUCAUCAAAGCAUGUUCUGGUCUGAUUUGGGCCCAGAUAUUGGUUACGAGGCGAUUGGUUUGGUGCACUCUUCGCUGCCCACAGUUGGCGUAUUUGCCAAGGUAAGUGAAACGAAGGAAGAGAUUCCCGAUGUGCCUCCUAUCCAAGAAGUACCUGAAUCGUGCAUGUCUUACCUGCCUCCCGAGGAAGAGGAAAAGCAGCGCAAGUUGAAAGCUGAAUACGAAGAAAAGCUGCGUUGUGCUGAGGAGGCUAAAAAGAAGGCGCAGCAAGAGCAUGAACAACUCGCAAAGGAGGCCAAGGAUCAACCAUCACCGGAAUACAAUAAGGGCGUGAUAUUCUACUUGAGGGAUGACAUCAUCGUUGGCAUUGUGCUUUGGAAUGUGUUUAACCGCAUGGGCAUCGCGCGGCAAGUGCUGAAAGAUCAGUGUAAAUAUGAGGACCUUAACGAAGUUGCGAAAUUAUUUAACAUCCACGAGGAGGAAUAGUUAUAUAAGUGCGUACCAGCACGAUUACAAAUAUUAAACAUCUCGGCUCUGCCAUUUCAGGUGUAAAUAAACUAAUAUCUUUUAUUAUUUACAGGCAAAUUAUGUAUUAAAGGGUGUUUUUGAUCGAUGUUUGAAAGUCGGAGGUGUAUGCAUUUUCACAAGUGAUUUAUUAUAUUCUUGUGUAUGUAUAUAUUUAUACAUAUUGAUAUAAAUGUUUUUGUUCUCAUUUGAAAAA